ACCAAACGACGAGAUGUUGAGCAGCUAUGAAUUGAUGAGCGAUUGAUUCCUGACAAAGGGCUCAAGGCCGAUCCUUUCCUUCCCGUCGUCAAAGUAAACGAUCCUCCGCCACCGUCACCGUCGCCGUCACCGUCGGACGGCCUCUCGCUCUCUCAAUCUUCAGAGCCCCAACAAUGCCUUUCAGGAGAUUGAUAGAGGUGGAACCGCCGAGCCCACUGAGAUACGUGAUCGGAGCGGCCAUCAUGAUGAUCGGAGUAGUCUUACCCGUCGGUUACAUGAUGUUCCGUAACAAGCGUGUUCCUUCUUCCUCUUCCUACUCCAAACAGACGUAGGAACAAAGUUUUGAUAUAGAGAGAUACUGAGAUUCCAGGAAUUUCGGAUUCGAUUUUUCGUGUAAUUGAGUGGUGAAGUUGAAAAGCAGCAAAGGCCAUUGAUGGAUCCGUCAUUUACAAAUGUAAAUUCAUUGAAACUUCAUAUCUGUUAUAUGGGUUAUUUGGAAUUUUAACUAGAUUUUGUACAAUGAUAUAUGCAUUUGGUUUUCUGUUUUUGUACCUCUUGAUUUAGUUAUGCUGCUAGAAUUGAUGCGCAUCAUUUAUCAAAUACCCAUUUGCCUGGAAUAAUUUUUCA